GGCACUCCAGCCGCCAUGGCGGUCUCGCGGGACGGCUCGCCCGACUACGAGGUGGGCUACAUCGCGGAGGACCACCCGCUGCGGCCCAUGUCGUCGACGGCGCAGCAGUCCAUCCGCCUGCUGCAGGUGCCGUCCAAGGGGGGCGCGCGCCGCUCCAGGACGGCGUCCAUCUCCUCGUCCGUCACCGACCUGGACGCCCCCAUCUACCAGCGCGAGACUGCGGGCCGCCAGCACGGCUUUAAUGGUCGCUUGGCCUUUGCGAUCGCCGCGGCGGCCCUUGGCUCGUCGUUCCAACAUGGAUACAACACCGGAGUUGUCAAUGCCCCACAAAAGCUCAUUGAAGACUGGAUUAAGUCUGUGGAGCAGAACAGAACAGGAAUUCCCGAGGUCGACCCGGGCAAGGUGACCAUGAUCUGGUCCAUUGCUGUCUCUAUUUUCUGCGUUGGUGGAAUGAUCGGUGGUGCCAUAACAGGUUUGGUGGCAGAUCGCUUUGGCCGCAAGGGUGGUCUACUUAUCAACAAUGUUUUUGUGAUUGCUGCUGGUAUUUUGCAAGGAUGCUCAAGGGCUGCUGGUUCAUAUGAAAUGAUUAUUCUUGGAAGAUUUUUUAUUGGUAUAAACUCUGGUCUGAACGCUGGGUUGGCACCCAUGUACCUUGCUGAAAUAUCUCCCAUCCAUUUCCGUGGUGCGGUGGGAACUGUUUACCAACUUGUUGUCACCAUUUCCAUCCUGGUUUCUCAAAUUUUGGGAUUGGGAUCUCUCCUGGGAACAGAAACCAAGUGGCCUGUUCUCCUGGCCCUUACUGUGGUCCCUGGCAUCUUCCAGCUUGUGACACUACCGCUGUGUCCAGAAUCUCCUAAAUUCCUUCUCCUUGGACGUGGUCAAGAGACCGAGGCUCAUGCAGCUCUGCGAUGGCUUCGUGGCACCAUUGAAGUACAUGAUGAGAUGGACGAAAUGACAAACGAGUAUGAAGCAAUGAAAAGCCUACCCAAGGUUACUAUGAGGGAAAUGUUCACCAACUCUAUGCUUCGUGCUCCUCUCCUGAUUUCCAUGAUGCUCAUGGUUUGCCAGCAGCUGUCUGGUAUCAAUGCCGUAAUGUUCUUCUCAACAAAAAUCUUCAAACUGGCCAAUCUUGAUGAUGAUAGUGCUCAGUAUGCAACUCUUGGCAUGGGCUCCAUGAAUGUCUUUAUGACACUGGUGUCUCUUGUUCUGGUGGAGAAAACAGGCCGUAAAACUCUCCUCCUCAUUGGAUUUGCAGGCAUGUGUAUUGACACAGUCCUCCUAACGAUUGCCCUGGCCUAUGUGCAUUCGGCUCAAUGGGUUUCUUACCUCAGUAUUCUCUUGGUCAUUGUCUUCGUGGUAAUGUUUGCUGUUGGACCCGGAUCCAUUCCCUGGUUCAUGGUGUCUGAGCUCUUCAACCAGUCUGCAAGACCUGCUGCGACAUCUCUUGCUGUCGGUGUCAACUGGACAGCUAAUUUCAUUGUUGGUCUUGGUUUCCUACCUCUUCAGGAGGCAAUGGGUGGAUACGUUUUCAUCAUUUUCUCAGUCCUUCUGGCGCUAUUUGUUGUCUUUAUUUUCUACAAGGUUCCCGAAACCAAGAACAAGACAAUGGAGGAAAUUUCUGCCAUGUUCCGUCAGCAAUCCUAUCAAUGAACAUUUUUGUCAGCGACAGAGCCGCAUCAUAUCUAAGUGCAAAAUUAAGCCUAUUCCUUACAAGAGCAGACAGAUUCAUAGUCUUCUGCCCAGAAAGUAUUAUAAGGCUUUAUGCAAAUAAUUUAGUUGCGUGUGUACACUUUAAGUUGUGACAUGUUUAUGACGGAGGAAGCAAUCUACUGCAGAAAGUCGUGCAGUCCCCAUCAAACUAAAAUAUGAUGUUGAUUUUCUCAGAAGACUGAUGGGUACAAGCAUAGAGUGAUAGUACAUGAUGUAUCAUUGUAAAUUUGCAUUAUAUAGAUUUACAUUAAUUUCAUGACAAAUGUAGAGGCUGUGGUGUCCAGUUUUUAUGUACCAUACAAGGUAUUGAUCUGAUUCUGUCUUCUGUCUUGAACCAGCUUGCGCUAGCUUCAUCAUCUUUUUAAGACCUCAUUUCCUGUCUUGACUUAAAUGAUAUUAAUCUAUUGUCAUUGUGGACACCACAGUAUGAAAAUUCACAAUGAUGAUGCAAUUAAGUAAUUAAUUUUUUAGCCUUGAUUGGAUGGAGGUGGUGAAUGAAGUGAGACUGAAUAUUUGAUUGACAAUUUUAGUUUUUCUCUCAUCUGUAUGCAUGCAUGUAUGUGUGAGUGUUAGCUUUUAUGUAGAACCAAUCAAUUUAGUAACUUUAAGAAAGGAGCUGAUGUAGAGAUAGGCUACCUUAGAAAUACUUCAUGCCAAAUGACCCCUCUGGAAUGAAUAAUUUAGUAAGCAAUGUAGCAGAGAUGUUCGAACCGAUUAUCAUUAUUACCUUAAAUAGUUGAAAUGUGUGUAUUGUUUUAAGAUUCAUCUAAACAUCCUGUUAAUUAUUAUGUACAUAAUCAUCUAGGCAUACAAAUCUCAUUUCAUAAGUAGACUCAUUAGCUAUGAAUUUUAAUUAGCUUCAAAGAGAGAUUCCUAUUACCUCUGUACUUUAAUUUUUUAGGAAAGGAGAAAUAGUUCUUGCCCUACCAUGUCUGGUGAAGUUCAAUUAUCACCAUGCAUUCUGGUACAAAUGUUUUAAAAAACAUCUUCAAGAUAGUAAAGAAGUCAUCAACAAUGAAAAUUGUUUUAAGUUGCUCUGGUUUUGUUUUUCUCAGUUCAAAGGUAAUUUUUAUUCAAAUCAUUUUCAUGAAUCUUCACCCAAGAAGAAUAAUGUUGUGAGUUGAAUAGUCGAAUCAGUUGCAUGUUAUGUUUCAGGCCCUAGUUUAAAGUAUUCGUACUUCUCUUAAGCUCAUGAAAGUUUGCUUCUUGUACCAUAUGUGUUCAUGUAACCUGCAUUAAAAUCGUCAACUUGUCUUUAAAAUUAUUUGUCUGUGUUGUAGUGGCUAUGUGAUAAAAUGCAGCAAUACUGUCCACUUAAUACUCCUCAUGUUUCCCUGCAUGAUUUCUAGAUUGUCAUGCUUUAAACAUAUACAAUGAUGAAAAAUCUGAAA